GAAGGAACUAGUUGCUCCUGCAUUAUUGUUUUCUCUAUAUAAAGAAAAUGAGCACUGAGCAACUGCCGGAUACCACAAAGGAAUUUAUUGUUGAUCAAUUGAGGAAGGAAUUCAGUGCUGUAAAAAGGGUUCAAUUCAUGUUAGAGGAAUACUGCAAUGCACAUGAAGUUGCUAGAUCAGCAACUUCAGCAGCUUCUCUGAUGAAAAGGCAAGUGAAUGAGCUUAGGGAGGCUCUUCGUAGGACUUCCCUUGAGAUUGUCCAGAUGGAAUGGAUGCAUGAUGGUAUUUUAAGCCCCUUACAUAACACCAGGUUUAUCUUGCAGAAAUUUUUUGCCAGUGAUGAGGACUUGUAUCCUGUUAUUUUAAAUCUCAGUAGACCUAAACUUCUGGAAACUAUACAAUCUGCUAUAUCAAAAAUAGCUGGGUCUUUGGAGGGCAUGCAAGCCUGUGAACGAACGUCUUUUGCAGCAGAAGGGCAGCUUGAGAGAGCAAUGGGGUGGGCUUGUGGUGGACCCAAUUCGAGUACGACUGGAAAUUCCUCAGCCAAGGGUUUGGGGAUUCCUUCUGAAUUCCAUGAUCAUUUAAUGAGGCGGCGGCAAUUGCUAUGGGAAUUUAGAGAAAAAGCAUCAAAUGUUAUCAAAGUUUGCAUGUCUGUACUGGAGUUUGAGGCAUCAAGAGAUGGUAUUUUCCAUGUUCCUGGAGAGAUCUAUGAAUUGAAGACUAGUGGCGCUGGCAGGACAUGGCAGCAGGCUUAUUUGAAUGCAUUGACCACAUUGGAGGUUACUUACCAUUCUUUUACACGUACUGAACAAGAAUGGAAGCUUGCACAAAGCAACAUGGAAGCUGCUUCCAGUGGCUUAUGCUCUGCUACUAAUGAGCUCUCAAUUGCCUCUCUUAAGGCAAAGUCAGCUUCAGGUGACUUACAGAGCACUGUACUUGCAAUGAGACAGUGUGCAUAUGAAGCUAGUAUUGCGCUGUCUGCUUUUAGUCGUGUAUCGAGAGGCCAUACUGCUUUGACUUCUGAAUCUGGUUCCAUGCUUGAAGAGGUUCUUGCAAUAACUGAAGAUCUGCCUGAUGUUCACAGUCUGGGGAAGGAAGCUUCUGCUACACAUAAUUCUCUUAUGGAAGAGCUGUCAAAGGCAAAUGCAAUACUUCUUCCACUUGAGUCAGUAUUGUCCAAGGAUGUUGCUGCUAUGACUGAAGCUAUGGAUAGAGAAAGGGAGACUAGAAUGGAAGUAUCUCCCAUCCACGGGCAAGCCAUAUACCAGUCAUAUUCUUCAAGAGUUAGAGAGGCUUGUCAGAAAUUUAAGCCUUUGGUACCACCACUUUGCUUUGCCAUCAAGGACUUGCAUUCAAUGUUGGCCAGGCUUGCCCGAACUGCAAGUCUCCAUGCUGGAAAUCUUCAUAAAGCUUUUGAAGGACUAGGUGAAAGCCAGGAAGUAAAAUCACAAGGAAUUGGUAUAUCCAGGUCAGAUCUUGUUGGUGAUGAUUCUGAAUUUGAUGAAAAAAGGGAAGAAAGCCUCUCGAGUGGCAGUCAGGGAACCCAAGAUCUACUAAGUGUUGCUGCUGGAUUAUCACUGGGGGAUAAAGGAUGGAUAUCUCCACCUGAUAGCAUCUACAGUAGCAGUUCAGGAUCUGGCACUAGUUCAACUGAGGCAAGUCUUGUAGAUAGUUUCAACGAUCCAGCAGAGAUGGGAGAAGAGCUUUGGUCUGAUCAAAAGGACGGCACAGCAUAUAAAACUUCUGUUCCAUCCUCUCAAGUUGGGACCCAGAAAAUCCCACUCUCUGAGCACUUGGUCUCCAUGCAAAUGGCCAUGAAUAAUAAUGAUACCAGUUCUAUCAAAUCUGCAAGCGAAUCAAAAGAAUAUCUGAAAGAUGGGGGACAAUCACGGGAUGAAGCUGCAAGUGUCCCUAGUGAGUCUUUACAACGUUUGAAUGAGAGCUUGGAGGUGAAGUUUAAGGGUGAAGAUGAAGUCUCUUCAUUUAACAAGCGUAACAUUGAGGUUGAAAGUGAGGCUUCUCGUCCUAAUACACAAAUGAGUAGUCGAAUUGCCAGAGGUAAAAAUGCUUAUGCAAUGUCAGUUCUAAGGCGUGUUGAGAUGAAAUUAGAUGGUCAUGAUAUUGCUGACAACAGGGAAAUUAGUAUAACAGAGCAAGUGGAUUAUCUACUUAAGCAAGCCACAAGUGUAGAUAAUCUUUGCAACAUGUAUGAAGGUUGGACACCUUGGAUUUGAAUCAUGGAGGAUUGAGCGUUGAGCAAGCUGCCAGUAUUUCAGUUACUUCCUAUGUUGACUCACUUUUACCUGGAGCAUUUUAAUGGGAAGUAUGCCACUGGAACUUUUGCAUCGUAACUAAAGCUUAGCUUUUGGUUUCAGAUUUCCUGGUUGUCCAAUGCAAAAUGAGGCAUGUUUACCUUUACUAGGGACCAGGAAAGAGCCAUUUAAAUUGACGACCAGAUCAUGCUCGCUUUUGCCUCUUUUCAAGAAACCGGUGGGUUUUUGAGGUGCAUGCCAUUGUCCAAUACCACUCAUGAUAAAUUUCUGCAUGCAAUCCCUUGUGUGAUUCAAGGAUGGAUAACAAUAAGCCAGAUUAAAGCUGGUUUACAUUGGCAAUCGUCAUGAGGCUUCCGCGGUUGCCUUCAAACUUCGAAGUUUUGCAAAGUACUUCCAAUCUGGAUGCCACCCAUUUGGAAAUGAUAUAAGAAAGUUUUAGCAUCAUCAGUUCAUAAUCAGUGGAACCCAUUUCUUGUGAUUUCUGGAUUCCUAGUAUGGCAUUUUAGCAUGGAAAAUGAGAUCAUAAACUGCUGCGGAUCAAAUUCCAAAUUCAGUCUGCAGUUCUAGGAGCUGACGUGCAUUGGGAGAUGAGGCUGAGAAUGGUGUGUUAUUCCAGGUCCUUAAAGCAGAGAUACUGUCAAAACUAAGGAUAUCAAUCACCUUGCAGACUGCGUGGGAUCUAUCUUAUAAUUUGUAGCUUCUCAAAUUGUCGAUGGGCAGAGCACUGUGGUUUUCUUUGCUGGGAAUGAAGCUGGGGGGCUCAGUGACUUGGAAGUUUCUUCAAGAAGAGGUUGGUCAACUUGGAGAUUGUUCCUUUUUUAUGGCUGUGAACUCCAUUGAGGAAAGGUACCACUGAAGCCACUUUGAUAGGAAGAUAGGAAUUUUAACCAUUGCACAUUUAAAUGGUAAGGACGGUACGAAUUAUUAAAUGAAUGUUAUGACGAUAAAAUUCCACCAAGUAAAUAUGUUGUUAAGAGUUCGAAAUAUUUAGAGGAUGAGAGAUUAGAUAUACAAAAUAAAUUCCAAGUAAAAUGACUCGAACAAACACUUUGCGUUGUUAGCGUAAAUUUUAGCUUAUAAUAUUUAAUUAUACGA